AUCCCGGAAGAGAAGGCGGCCAGGCGGGGCGGGGCGGCUGCGGGUGUUCUUGUUCUCGGCGGGCGCCGCAGUAGCCAUGAACGGCGUGGCGAACCCGCUGCUGGACAAGGAGGAGCACCCUCUGCAGCUGGGCGAAAGCUUCGAGCGGCACCCUAAAGCCUCCUUCCACACCAUUCGCUAUGAUUUUAAACCAGCAUCUAUAGAUACGUCUUGUGAAGGCGAGCUUCAAGUUGGUAAAGGAGAUGAAGUCACAAUUACAUUACCACAUAUUCCUGGUUCUACGCCUCCAAUGACUGUAUUCAAAGGAAACAAAAGGCCUUACCAAAAAGAUUGUGUACUUAUUAUCAACCAUGAUACUGGGGAAUAUGUGCUUGAAAAGCUAAGCAGCAGCAUCCAAGUCAAAAAGACAAGAGCUGAAGGCAGCAGUAAAAUCCAAGCACGGAUAGAACAGCAAUCUGCUCGAGCUGCACAAUCUUCCACCCAGUUCAGAGCUCCAAUAAAGCCUGCAGCUGGACCUAAAACAUCCCCACUGAAAGACAAUCCUUCACCAGAGCCUCAAUUGGAUGAUAUUAAGAGAGAGCUAAGAGCUGAGGUUGAAAUUAUUGAGCAGAUGAGUAGCAGUAGUGGCAGCAGUUCAUCUGAUUCUGAGAGUUCCUCUGGGAGCGGUGAUGAAACUUCCAGCAGUGAUGGGGGUGAAACUGCACAUCCUUCUCCUUCUCAGCAGUGUAACAACAAGAAUGUGGUUGCCAAUGGUACUGGCAGGGCACAAGGCAACAAUCAACUCAUGAAUACUCUCAGAAAUGACUUGCAGUUGAGUGAAUCUGGGAGUGACAGCGAUGAUUAAAUUAGGUUUGCUGCUUUUGUUUCCUGUUAUAUAAAAAUGCAGAUUUAAUGAAGAGUAAUACAAAAGUGGUAACUGACUUACUAGAACCCAUCUAUAUAAAUAGAAUUGUUAACAUUAUGUGACCUGAAGAGAAAUGUUCUUGGAACAGAACUGUCCUCUGUUUAUUCUAUGUAUAAAUUAAGUCUGUUGUAGUAUAAUUGUUUAACUUUUUUUCAGUAGGUGUGAAUAAUUUUAAUCUAAAACUGAAAUCUAUCUUCAGACAUGUAAUAUACCAUCCUGUAAAAGAUAAUAAUCUUGAUGUAUUCUAAUCAGGUUCUUGCUUGAGUCCCUUGAAAAUUUAAAGCAAAAGUUAUUUAUAAGGUAGAUGUCAAUCAUUUAAAAAACAAAUACAUACUUGGAUAUUCAAUGAGAUAUUAGAAUAAGAAUGAUAGUACCUAGACUUCAUAAGUUUAAGGCAGGAGCACAAAAUUAUACAAGUGGAUAUUUGUGGUGAAUAAAAAUUCCCUUGUGACAAGGAAAGUUUAAUCAUCUAGAAAAAAAAAACUAUCUCACCCUGCUCCUAUUUUUUUCAGGCUCUCUUGAAAAUAUUUUAUACUAUAAACACUUGGCAAAGGUAUAUAUAAACAGGCUAGCUAACAGAGGUUCUCAAAGACUAGUUGUGAACUUAGCUCUAAGGAUUUAUUAGGGCUUUUUUUAUUUUUGCAGGAAAUUUAUAUAGUCAUUUAUGCACAAAUGGCUAUUUGUGUGCAAAUAAAAAAAACAAACAAAUGCCAUAUUAUUACUUACGCAAAUAUUUCAGAUUGUGCAUAUGUGUCUGCUAUCCUAGUAUUGAAGAAGCCAGUAUUAUUUAGUGCUCCAUACUCCCAGGUACAAUUAAAUUAACGUUGCGUGUCUGAGAUAUAUAACAUUUCUUUGGAUAGAAAUGAUAAUUGUAAGAUUUUCUUGUUUACUAAUAUUUAGUGCAUAUAGCAUAGAAUGAUAAAGUCUGAAACUUCAGAUGAUAUAAAAGAAAUACUUUUUCAUAUUGAUCUUGGAACAAUUGCUAGCCAAUCUUGUUCCUAACAAGAUUUUUGUUUCAAACACUGAUAAGUCUCAUCUGUCAAGCGGCUUUGGUUAGAAGAAGAGACAACCCUUCACAUAUUGUUUCCUAAUGAAGUAUUUUAAACUUCAUACAUGCUUUGUACUAAAUACAGCUAACCCAUUUAUACAAUAAUUUGAAAUAAAAAGUAGAAAAUUAAUGCAGAAAAAUUCUUUCACCAAUAAAAUAUUAUUUCUUGAGAAUUUCAUGAGUUAAAAGUACCAAAUUGUUUUUUAAGUUUAAUUUAGUUUAUCUAUAGUUAUGCUCCCAUAUUUUCAAAUUAUUAAUAUACAAAAUAUUUUGAGCAAUUUACUUGUAUGGUAGCUUGUUAGCAACCUUAGUAAGAAACAUAUCCAACGAUUUCCUACAAUUUAGGGUGCAUAUUAUCAAGAUAGGUUUUAAGGUAAUGAAUAUUAUCUAAAAUAUGUGACUUCAUUUUAAUUUUAUUAUUGUUUAAAAAGGGGGGUUAAGCAGACAAAGAUUAUUAUUGUUGUUGUUACUGGAAUAAAAGUGCCUUGUGUUUAAAUCAGAUCUAGUUUUCCUCUCAAAAGUUCUACUACUUUGUCCCACACAAGCAGCAGAGUGGCUUAUAUGCCAGUGCAAAAGCAUGGACUCAGUAGGCUGAAAAAAAUGACCUCAUACCUAGUGACAAGUGAGAAACAAAGUAUUACAAGGCAAACCAGGCAGAAUAAAUAUUUGUGUCUCUUUGGCUUCACAUAGCAGUAGUAGCUGUUGUGAAGAGUUUGAAAUUGACUUGCAUAAGUCAGUGAUCUGAAUGCCAUAAUAGCUUUCAGUUGUUGUAUGAAUUUUUGGCAGACUCCUUGUCUAGAGCUAACAAACAAAUGGGGGGAGAUAAGCAGUGCUAUACAUUUUGGGAGGCAAGAUAAUCAUCUUCUUUUAGAGGGAGGGAGAACAAUAAACUUUAAAUUUACCAUCAGGGCUAUGAACCAUUCAUGACUGUUCAAAUUCAGAAUGAAGGGGAUGUUCAUUUUUGUUUUGAGUGGCAAGUUGUAUGCCAUUAAGGCUGCAAUGAAAUCUCAGAACAGGAUUCAUUUUUCCCCAUAGUGUUGCAAGAUGAGGUCAUGGUACUUGACAAAAGCAAGAUAAAUUGUUCUGGUUAAUAAAUAUAUAAAUAUUAAUAUGGCUUCAACGCUGCAGUCUGUAUGUACUUAUAUGUACUUCUUCAAAAGUCAGCUUAAUUAGGGCCUUUUUAAAAAUGAACUUUAUCAUGGAAUUUCAAUUAUUUUAUAGAGGCAUGCAAAUAGUAACCUGAAGGAAAAGAAUACUUCAACAGGGCUGAAGUGUUUCCAAACUAUUCAUGGUCUAUAACGCUUGCACAGGAGAUACUCUUUUGAUUCCUAAAGAGAAUUCUUUUGAUUCAUGUGGCCAUAUGUGAUUUAAAAGCAUGACUAUUGAGACAACUGAAGCGUUUAACAGUUCAAGUAUUAAAGGAAUAAAAAUAGGAAUGAAAUGGAAUCUAAGAAGUAUAAUACAUUAUUUUUGAUGCAAUUUUGCCUCAGAUGUACUUGUAUCAUCAAUCUAUAUUUGUUUAUAUUUCUGUAAUUUAGAUUAUAUUAUUUGUAACAUUUUGUAGUUUUUCUUUUAAAAUUUAUUUAAAUAAAAGAAUAAGCUUUAGCAGCAUAAACACUGUAACAGAGUUUUCUCUCUUGUUAGAACUCAU